AUGUAUGCAUUGAAGGGUGGCAUGGCAUCAGCUAUCACCAACCACUGUACACCCUCAGACCUAGAUAUUUACAUGCCCUUGUGCCAGAUGUGUUACUUGUCCAUGAAGCUAGAAUGCAAAGUCCACUACAUCCUCAAGUGCUUGGGGGUCAUCAAUGUCAUGUGGUUACUGGGUGGGUACAUAUGCAGCAUAUAUCCUGCCUUUCUGGAUGGCUAUUCAUUUGUGUUCAACAACAACAUUGGAGGAAAGGAUGGGAGAUGGGCUGCAUUUAGAGCAUGGGUGGCAAUGCCAACAUGGCGAGAAAGGGGCGAGACCUCUGACAGCACUGCAAUGAAAAAGUUAGACUGGUACAAAUAUUGA